AUGAAUUAUUUAAAAAAAUAUGAACAUAAAGUUUUAAGUGAUACAUUAAGAUUUUUAGGUUUUACUUUUAAGUGGGGAAUUCAUGAAAAUGGUUAUUGGUUAACCAAUUUAAAUUAUUCUUUUAAUUAUAUUUUAUCUAAUUUAAUUAUAAAAUACUUAAAGGAAAAAAAUGUAAAGAGCGUUGUAGAUAUUGGUUGUGGGUAUGGUGAUUAUGUAAAUGAAUUAAAUUUUCAUAAAAUAAAGUCGGUUGGUAUUGAUGGAAACUUUAAACUUCUUAAUUCUUUAAAAAAUGAAAAUUUAUAUAUUCUUGAUGCUACUAGUGAAUAUUUUAUAUCUGACUUAAUGAAUAAAAUAAAUAAUUCAAUAAAAAAGGAAAAUGUAAAAAAAGAUAAACUUUUAGAAAAAAAUGAAAUUAUAAAAAAAGGAGGAAAUGGUAUACGAAGUUUUUUUAAAUUUGAUUAUGCCUUAUGUUUAAACGUUGGAGAAUAUAUACCAAAGAAAAAAGAAGAAAUUUUUAUAAAAAAUAUAGACAGAAUAAAUAGCAAAGGAGUAAUUUUAUCUUGGGAUACACCUAACAAUUUUAAUAUAGGAACUAUAAAUGAAAAAAAAGAAGAUGAAAUAUUAGAAAUAUUUUCAAAUAAUUAUAGUUAUAUUUAUGAUGAAAAGAAUAGUAAAAUAUUCAGGGAUAAUUGUUCUAAUGAUUCACCUAAAAAAUGUAUAUACAUUUUUGAAAAAAAAAAAAAUUAA